AUGCCCGCAGCAGGGUUGGUGGCGGGUCCGGGUGCAAGCGUGGCUGCUGCUGACGGUGCGGCUGCCAGCGCGGGUGCUGCGUUGGGGGCUUCUAUGGGCUCCGGUCAAGCUGCGGCGAGAGGAGGGAGAGAGGGAAGUGGAGUUGCUCCGGCCCCUUCAGGCCCGGCAUCAGGGGCGGGAGGGGCAGCGGAGCAGGCAGCGCGGGCAGGUGGCGCGUCGCUCAUGAUCCCCACGCCUGGCGGCCCUCCGGUGAUGGACGCUGGGGGCUUCACUGCGUCUGCUGCUCGCGAGGACGCUUCUAGUGGGGCUGGGGCAGCAGGGGGGGCGGUUGGGGCGGGUGGGGCUGCGUUCGACGGUGCUUCUGUGGGCAGGUCUGGUGCCGGUGCUGCUGGCGUGGGUGUGCCUGUGGCGGAUGGAGCGGUUGCAGUGAAUGGCGAUGCUUCCAUUGCUGCAGCUGCUGCAGGCGGGCAGUCAGACCACUCCACUGCUGUGCCUGUGGUCACCACCACCGGUACAGCCAAGCCCGCAUCUGCACCUGAGGACACAGGCGCAGCCAAGGGGGGACGGGGACCUGUCAACGGAGCUUCGGCUCCUGGUGUUUCUCCUGCUGCCGUUCCUCUCUCAGGCACGCCGGUAGGUCCUGCUGCAGGGGCUGCAGGGGCUGCAGGGACUGUGGAGAGGCCAACACAAGCUGGGCAGAAACGGCCGAACGAGGGAGCUAGGCGUGGGGAGGGCGGGGUGGCAGAGCCAGGGCGGGAGAAGGAGAGGGAGAAGGGGGCAGGGGCACAGCCGCUGAAACGGGCGAAGCUGGAAGGCGGGGUAGGGGGUCUAAAGGCUACAGGUGGUGGGCCAAAGCGAAGCUCAGGCGUGAAAGCAGAGGCUGGCGCUGCUGCUGCAGCAGGAGGAGGAGGAGGAGGAGCGGGUAGUGCUGGUGCUGCUGGUGGUGCUGCUGCUGGUGCUGCUGGUGGUGGCGAGAAGGAGAAGCCAGAAAGAACUGUUGGUGCCAAGGCUGGCAAGGCUGCUGGCAGCAAGAUGCAGGGAAGUGCCAACGGGGCUCUUUCAGGGAGAGCAGGCGCACAGGCUAAAGGCGCUGCUGCUGCUGCGGGUAGUGCUGCAGUGAAGGCAGAGGGAGGGGUAGGUUCAGCAGGGGCAGGGGCAGGGCAGGUGAAGGCGGAGGGUAGGACUGGGGCAGGUAUGUCUGGCGCGGGUGGUGCUGGUGGUGGCGUGGCGAGUGUGAAGGCAGAGCCUCGGACAGAAGAUAGCAAGGCGCUUGUCCUUGCAGGAGGGCCAGGAGCUGUCACCACCACAGCAGCAGCCGCAGCAGCAGCAGCAGCAGCGGCAGCAGCGGCGGCGGCAGCAGCAGCGAACAACAAAAACAUGAAGAGCAAGGGGGUAGGCACGUCGCUGACCGAGCUCUUCACCCCAGAGAUGAUCCGGCUGCACGUGCGGAGUCUGAGGCAGUGGGUGGGGCAGAGCAAGCAGAAGCAGGAGAAGCUGCAGGCGGCACAGCAGCUGCAGCAACAGCAGCCGCGUGACUCCGACUGCCGGCUAUGCUCCGUGGAGAAACUCUUCUUUGAUCCGCCGCCCAUCUACUGCACGGCGUGUGGGCGCAGGAUCCAGAGGAACAAGGCGUAUUAUGCCACGCCGGGCACGGGCGACCAGCGGCAGUGCGUGUGCAACCGGUGCUAUGGGGACUUCCGAGGGGAUGCGAUCACGCUGGAGGGGCUCCGGCCGAUUCCCAAGGCUAGUCUGACCAAGAGGAUCAAUGAUGAGGAGACAGAGGAAGCGUGGGUACAAUGUGACACGUGCGACCGGUGGGUGCACCAGGUGUGUGCGCUGUUCAACGGGCGGCGCAACGAGGGGGAAGCAGAGUACACGUGUCCGCUGUGCUGCUGCGAGCAGAUGGAGCGAGGCCAGCGCGUCCCCCUCCCGGCCUCCACCGUGCUCGGCGCCAGAGACCUGCCGCGCUCGCGCCUCUCGGAUCAUCUAGAGGGGCGGCUGGCGAAUAGACUGGCGCAGGAGAGGGAGGAGAGGGCCAGGCAGCAGCGAAAGAGACCGGAUGAGGUGGAAGGGGCAGAGGAGCUGGUGAUUCGAGUGGUGUCAUCAGUGGACAAGAAGAUGGAGACGAAGCCACGCUUCCUCAACAUGUUCCCCGAGGGGGAGUACCCCAAGGAAUUCCCUUACAAGUCCAAGGUGGUGCUGCUGUUUCAGCGCAUAGAGGGCGUGGAGGUGUGUCUGUACGCCAUGUACGUGCAGGAGUUUGGUGCCGACUGCCUGCCGCCCAACCAUCGCCGCAUCUACCUCUCCUACCUCGACUCGAUUAAAUACUUCCGCCCGGACGUCCGCACAGUAAACGGGGAGGCCCUGAGAACAUUCGUGUACCACGAGAUUCUGAUCGGGUACCUUGAGUAUUCCAAGAUGCGGGGCUUCACGAGUUGCUACAUCUGGGCGUGCCCGCCGCUCAAGGGAGAGGAUUACAUCCUUUACUGCCACCCCGAGAUCCAGAAGACGCCGCAACCCGUCAAGCUGCGCGAAUGGUACCUCACUAUGCUGCGCAAGGCAACCGCAGAGAACAUCGUGGUGGAGGUGAGCAACCUCUACGACACCUUCUUCGUGCAGAUCGGGGAGUGCCGCGCGCUGCCCUCCGCGGCCCGCCUGCCGUACUUCGAUGGGGACUACUGGCCGGGCGCCAUGGAGGACGAGUUGCAGAAGCUGCUGGAGGAGCGCGAGGAGGAGAAGGCCGGAGGAAAGGGGCCAAAGAAGGCCAAGAAGAGCAAAGCGUCCAGCAAGCGGGGCGGUGGAGGGGGGCGGGAUGAGGACUUGGGGACUCCUGCGUCGCUGGAUAAGCAACUGAUGAGCAAGCUGGGCAGCACGAUAUUGCAGAUGAAGGAGGAUUUCAUAAUGGUGCACAUGCACUACUGCUGCUCGCACUGCAAGAACUUUAUCAUCACCGGCAACAGAUGGGUGUGCCUACAGCCGCAAUGCAAGCACUUCAACAUCUGCGACUCGUGUUUCACGCAGGAGGAGCGGCGCAGCCCCGCGGAUCGCCACCCUGUGCUGCUCAGAGAGGCCCACCAACUCACACCCCGCCCCAUCGACCCACCGGUCCCCGCAGAAACGAAGGAUCCCGACGAGGUGGUGGAGUCCGAGUUCUUCGAUACGAGGCAGGCGUUCCUCUCUCUGUGCCAGGGCAACCACUACCAGUACGACACGCUACGCCGCGCCAAGCACUCCUCCCUCAUGGUGCUCUACCACCUCCACAACCCCACCGCCCCGGCCUUUGUCGUCACCUGCAACGCGUGCCAGCGGGAUAUCGAGAACCGGCAGGGGUGGCGGUGCGAGCAGUGCCCCGACUAUGACGUGUGCGCUCAGUGCAAGGACACGUGCGGGCACCCGCACCCGCUGGUGUCGCACGCAAGCCAGCCGGAUCGGAACGCGCAGAGCCAGGAGGGGCGGCAGCAACGCAUCAAGGAGGUGCGCAAGAUGCUGGAACUGCUCGCCCACGCAGCGUCCUGCCGCCCCCAGCCCGGCACGGUGUGCACAUACCCCAAGUGCAGCAUGGUGAAGAUGCUGUUCCGCCACGGCACCAUCUGUGCCGUGCGCUCAGCAGGCGGCUGCCAGCACUGCAAGCGCAUGUGGGGGCUGCUGCACCUGCACGCGCGCUCCUGCAAGGACAGCCUCUGCAAAGUGCCGCGCUGCAAGGAUCUCAAGGAGCAUUUCCGGCGGUCAGCACAGCAGAUGGAGUCGAGGCGGCGCAAGGCCGUGCAGGAGAUGAUGCGGCAGAGGGCAGCGGAGGCUGCUGGAGGGGCGCUGAAGAGAUGA